UGCUCUCCGUGUGACCGCGCCCGGAGCACACUGUCGCUAGUCCUCGAGCUCGCGUGCCCCCGCCGUUGUCAGCUGCCCCUCCAUCAUCCUUCCGCCCACGUAUCCAUACCCAUACCUCGGGCUCCCGCUCAUCGUCUACAACCCCGACGCGCUCGCUAGGACAUAAGGGCCAGCCGGUCCACCCUCCACCAGUAUGCCGUCCAGAAACAUGUCUACCAGCUCCUACCGCGUGCGCGCAAACCACCUGUCGACCGGGCCCCUCGCCUCAUAUCUUCUGCGCCUCAUGUCGAUCAAGCAGACGAACCUCUGCCUCUCCGCCGACGUGGAGACCUCAGAGCAGCUGCUCGACCUGGCCGAGUAUUGCGGCGACUCAAUAUGCAUCCUCAAGACGCACUGCGAUAUUAUCUCAGAUUGGUCCGACAGGACGGCGAGGCAGCUCAAGGAGAUUGCCCGCCGGAAGUGCUUCCUCAUAUUCGAGGACCGCAAGUUUGCAGACAUUGGCGAGACCGUGCAGAAGCAGUACACCGGCGGCUACCACCGCAUCGCGAACUGGGCUGAGAUCACCAACGCGCACAUUCUCCCAGGCCCCGCCAUCGUCACUGCCCUCCACAAGGCCGCCGAUGCCGUCAUUGCGAAACACAACACAAGCGUCUACACCGACAUCUCCUCCGACGUGCCUCGAAAGAAAGCGGUCGACAUAGAAGAUAACGAUGACGAUGCCACGGCCGAUGUGGCGGUCGAAUCCCCGCCGCAAACUGAGGAUACCGAGGAGCGGCGGUUAAGCAUCAAGACCAUGGACAGGAAACAGAGCGUUGUUAGUAUUAGCACUACUAUUUCUAUGCGCACAGAAAGCAUAUCGCCGCGUCCUGCUCCCGACUUCCACCCCGACGAAGCGUUCCUCGUCGACAAGAUUACCCUCCUCGGCCGCCUCGGCCAAACGCCAUUUCUCCGCGGAUUGCUCUUGCUUGCCGAGAUGAGCUCAGAAGGUCACCUCAUGACCCCGGAGUACUCGGAGAAGUGCGUUGAGAUUGCGCGCCAAAACAGGGACUUCGUCAUGGGCUUCAUUGCCCAGCGAAGUUUGAACUCAGAGCCAGACGACAACUUCAUUACCAUGACUCCGGGGUGCCAGCUGCCGCCAGUAGGCCAAGACGGCAAGAAGAAGAUGGGCGAUAAUCUGGGCCAGCAGUACAACACGCCCCGCAAACUGAUCCUAGAACAAGGAUGUGACGUCAUCAUUGUCGGUCGAGGCAUUGUACGAGCGAAGGACCCGGAAAAAGAAGCCGAGCGAUACCGGGUGGAGGGAUGGAAGGCGUACGAGGAGAGGCUCGGGGUCCACCACAGGUAGAGAAUAUCCUGGCCACAUAUUCCUACCUGCGCCCUCUUCCCUACUUCUUCCUUCUUUUCAUGCUUUCAAGCUCCAGGAUCACUAAUGAGGCAACAGCCUUAAAACCUCGGACUAUUGCUUUCUCACGCGCAGGACCCCGGCUAUACCUCUGGAGGUCCGGUUGGAAUACCGCGCUCGGGCCGAGCAGGCUCGAAUAGCGAGGAGUGUCUAGCGUAUAACGGUAUAA